AUGACCAUCAAAGACAAGCCUUUCGGUCUCGACAUCCCAGAUGUGCUUGAACAGCUCACGCUCGAGGAGAAAGUCUCGUUACUGAGUGGCAAGGAUUUCUGGCACACUGCUUCCAUCCCUCGUCUCGGCGUGCCAUCGAUUCGACUUUCGGACGGCCCAAAUGGCCUCCGAGGCACGGCAUUCUACGACAGUACCCCUGCGGCUUGUCUCCCGUGCGGCACGGCACUCGGUGCAACCUUCGAUGUCGAUCUCGUGAGACAUGCUGGCCAACUUCUUGCGGCAGAAGCGCGUGCGAAAGGAGUGCACGUAGUACUGGGACCGACAAUCAACAUUCAACGUGGUCCACUGGGAGGAAGAGGAUUCGAGUCGUUUUCUGAAGACCCGGUACUCUCAGGACUGCUGGCAGGUCAUUACUGUAAGGGUCUCGAAGAAAAUGGCAUAAUUGCGACACCCAAGCAUUUCGUCUGCAACGACCAAGAGCACGAACGUAAAGCUGUGAACUGUAUAGUGACAGAGCGUGCCUUGAGAGAGAUAUACUUGCUACCGUUUCAGCUUGCAAUCUCACUUGCUCGACCAAGGGCUAUCAUGACCUCGUACAACAAGGUCAAUGGUCGGCACGUUGCGGAGAGUCCUGACUUGAUCCAGGGCGUUCUCCGAGAUGAGUGGAAAUGGGAAGGCCUAGUGAUGUCUGAUUGGUUCGGAACCUAUAGCACCUCGAGUGGUGUCAAUGGUGGCGUAGAUCUCGAGAUGCCUGGCCCAGGGAGAUGGCGAGGACAAGCCUUGAUUCACGCUGUAAACUCAAACAAAGUCAAGAUGUCGACAGUCGAUGAUCGCGUAAGAGCUGUGCUGACAGCCGUCGCGCACGCACAGCAAUCUGGUGUCCCUGAGGAUGGUGCUGAGAAACAGCUUGACCGGCCACAAGAUCGCACUCUGUUGAGAGACUUAGCAUCAAGCUCGGCGGUCCUGCUCAAGAAUGAUGAUUCGAUUCUACCUUUGGACUGCAGUCAAAGGGUAGCCAUCAUCGGACCCAACGCGAAGAUAGCUACAUAUUGCGGAGGCGGCAGUGCAUAUCUGAAUGCAUACAGGGCCGUCACGCCGUUUGAGGGUAUCACAGCAGCUUCAAACGCCCAGGUCGACUUUGCACAGGGAGUCUACGCUCAUCAGUUUCUUCCUCUGUUAGGUGACCACCUGCGAACUCCCGAAGGUCGACAUGGUUUCUUGAUCCGUACCUAUAAUGAGCCGGCGUCGAUCCCUGACCGCCGAAUGCUAGAACAGCGGGUACUCCAUAAUUCCAACCUGUUCUUCAUCGAUUACGAACAUCCUGAGCUGGAGGCGACAUGGUACGCCGAGGUCGAGGGUACAUUUGAGCCAGAGGAGAAUGGCAUUUACGACUUCGGCCUCUGCGUACAAGGAACAGCUGAACUCUUCAUUGACGGCCAGAGCGUUGUUAGGAAUGUGGAAGAUCAGCGCGCAGGAUCAAGCUUCCUAGGUAAUGGCACAAUUGAGGAAACAGGCUCGACAACGCUGCAAGCUGGACGGUCAUAUAGUAUCACUAUCCAGUGGGGUUGCUCAAAGACAAGUAAACUGCGAAAGCCAAGCACCGUGGACUUUGGAAAAGGCGGUCUCCGCUUUGGUGGAUGCAAACGGCUCGAUCCAAUCCGAGCAAUACAAGAAGCUGUCAAGUUGGCAUCGAAGUCAAGGCAAGUCAUCCUCUUCGCUGGUCUCUCUGGGGAAUGGGAGACGGAGGGUCAGGACAGAACAUCCAUGAACUUGCCUCCAUUCACAGACGAGCUGAUCUCCAAGGUACUGGACGCGAACUCGAAUACUGUAAUCGUGACACAAAGCGGGACCCCAAUUUCUAUGCCCUGGAUCUACAAAGCCAAGGCAGUACUCCAUGCGUGGUACGGCGGUAACGAGACUGGUCACGGAAUCGCCGACGUGUUGUACGGGAAAGUCAACCCUUGCGCCAAGCUACCAUUGACGUUUCCUCGCGAGCUUCGCCAUAAUCCAACGUAUCUCAAUAAUCGCUCUGAGGGCGGUCGCAUUCUGUACGGCGAGGACGUCUAUGUGGGAUAUCGUUACUAUGACACCAUGGGCGUGAAGCCACUGUUCGCUUUCGGGCACGGGUUGUCAUACACGACAUUUGCAAUCUCGGAGCUGGCGCUGCAGCGCUCUGGAGACGUACUGUCCGUAUCUUGUAGGCUUGCAAACGUUGGACCUGUAGCAGGAGCCGAAGUCAUCCAAGUCUACAUAUCGCCAGAGUUCACUCCGCUGGUCAAAAGGCCGCACAAGGAGCUCAAAGCCUUUGCCAAGAAGUAUCUCGGAAGCGGCGAGGCCGUAGCGCUCGAUGUCGAGGUUGAUUUGGUUAGGGCAACCAGUUUCUGGGAAGAGAAGGAAGCACGAUGGUGUAGUCAAGCUGGCUCCUACAAGAUAAUGGUAGGUACAAGUAGCGAUAAGGUAGUCCUUGAGAAGAGUGUUCGAGUCGCGCGGACAGUAACUUGGACGGGACUAUAG